UACUGAAGAGGCAGGCAGCUGAGGAGGGGGCAGUGACUUCAUCCUGGCUGGGACACCCAAGGGUCCCUCCCAGGCAGACACUGCACCAACUUGUCAUUUGUAAAAGGGCUCACUCGAGGACCUUGGGGGGUCUGGUCAGUUUCUUUGCUUUCUGUUGAGUAGAAAAGCUUGGAGAAGCCAGCCGCCCUGCUUCCUGUCACCUGCCUGCCUUCUCUCACUCCUCGAGUCCUCCUGGGUGCCCCCUGCCGUGGGUGGCCCGCCGGGUUCCCACAGUGUCUCUUGGGGUGGUGUGAAGGGGGGGGUUCGGCUCAUCCUCCCAUGCCAGCCUUCAGUGAACAGAGGGCUCAUGCCCCAGACACAUUAGGUAAUUUUGGCAGUUCUAGGGACCUUCCGAACCAGAUGCAGCCCACGAGGUGUUUCUAACUUUUUAGAACUCAUUGGCGAACCCAGGGCCUUCACCCAGAAAAAUACACCCUUUCACAGACAUCCAAACCUUGGCCAGAGUUUUAGAGAGGCUCCUGGUUCUUUGGGAAUCUCUGAGGGUUCCAGGGACCCCAGCUUUGGGCCUAGUUGCAGUGGGGGAAGGGAAGGUAUACCUGGGAAGGGGUGGGGUCUCUCGUCUCCCAGGCUCCCCCCCGCCCCCCCCGGUCCCACCUGAACUGCAGAAACCAGCUGCCCCCUUCUAUGGAAUCUCAGGCAGGCCACUCUGUCCUGUUUCUUCUGAGGUCACAGGAAGGGUCAAACACCCACCGUGCCUGGGUCCUGAGCUCUGUGGCCCCUCAAGGGCAGGGCUUGGCUGACACCCUUCCCAGAAGGCUCGUCAAAAGGGAACUUGGCACAUCCCACCACCCUCUGCCCCCCUAGAUGGCACUGACUUCGUCUCUGCUCCCUUCCUGACUUUGUGACCUUGGGCAAGGUGCUAAACCUCUCUGAGCCUUGUCUCCCAUCUGUAAAAUGGGAGCGGGAAUACCACCUGCCUCACUUAGUGGCCACGGAGGUUAAACAUGAUAAUUCUGAUAAAGAGCCCAACAAGCCCACAGUAAGCGCCAUGGGCACGUUAAGGUGAUGGGCCACAGGAAGGCCCUCCACCUCUCUCCCUCCCAGAAGCCACCUGUACCCAUCCCCCCAACCCCUCCCUGCCCAGGGCACCUUAGGACGAGGCUGCCAGGCAAAGAGGAGCAUGGCCGACACACGGCUGAAUUUGGCCUAUGCGUCGGGCGGCUGAGUCACAUCCCCAAAUUGUAUCUUCGUAAGUGCGUUUCGGAAGGUCGUUUGCAACACCCCCACCCCCUCCAGGCUCCGUCUGCCAGGCCACUCGCCUCUCCUGCCUGUGCCCCCGAGCCCUGGGUGAGGACCCCCUGCGCUUUCAGGAGGGAUGGUAAGAGCGAUGCCUGGGGUUUCCUCACCUCCUGGGAGAGAGCAGGGUCUGCGAUCGCUGUGUGUCUCCUGGUGACAGGCUCCCGGCCCCACCUGCCAGCUGAUGGCCCUUCAGGUGGCGAGCAGGGGCCCUCGCCCGGGAGUAGCAAGGCCCCUGAGUGUUCGUGAAGGUGGAGAGAGAGAUCCGGGGCCAAGGUCAGCCUUAUAAGCCGUGAAGUACGGGGCGUGCAGGAGACCAGCUCAUAUAAACCAUGAAGUGCUAAGCCCGUGUGAGGCCAGGACUUCUAAACCAACGUGUCAGGCCACAGGUGGCCACGGCCUGGUUGAGGCCUUCGGCCAGCUCUAGGGGAGGAAUUGGAGGCCCAGCAGGGUGAGCUUGACUUGCCCGAGAACCUGAAGGUCAGAAGGAGACGAGCCCAGGUUGGAACCACCUCCUGACCACACACACAGCCUCUGGUCCUCCCAGGCAAACCUGCCAGCACAUUCUGUCUCCAGACAUUCCCAAGUGUUUACUGAGUGUCAGCUGAGUGCUCGGCAUUGUUCUAGGUCGGCACAGGAGCCCGGUCACUGAGCCAUGCUGGGCCCCGGGUGGCCUACAGCGAGCCCAACCCCGGCACCCACAUAGUCAUGAACAGCCACAGCCACAAUGGCUGUGGGGGGCGGCCGCUGGGCAGCGGGCUGGGUGCCCUGGGCAGAGACCCUUUGGAGCCCGAGGCCGGCCACCCCCCCCAGCCCCCACAUGGCCCGGGCCUCCAGGUGGUGGUGGCCAAGAGCGAGCCAGCCCGGCCCUCACCUGGCAGUCCCCGGGGGCAGCCCCAGGACCAAGAAGAGGAGGAAGACGAUGAAGAGGAUGAGGCAGGCAGGAGGAGGGACUUGGGGAAGACCCCAAACGUGGGCCACCGCCUGGGCCACCGGCGGGCGCUCUUCGAGAAGCGGAAGCGCCUCAGUGACUACGCCCUCAUCUUCGGCAUGUUUGGCAUUGUCGUCAUGGUGACCGAGACGGAGCUGUCCUGGGGGGUCUACACCAAGGAGUCCCUGUACUCGUUUGCACUGAAAUGCCUCAUCAGCCUCUCCACGGUCAUCCUGCUGGGCCUGGUGGUCCUGUACCACGCCAGGGAGAUCCAGCUGUUCAUGGUGGACAACGGGGCGGAUGACUGGCGCAUCGCCAUGACAUGCGAGCGCGUCUUCCUCAUCUCUCUGGAGCUGGCCGUGUGCGCCAUCCACCCGGUGCCGGGUCACUACCGCUUCACGUGGACAGCGCGGCUGGCCUUCACGUACGCGCCGUCGGCAGCCGAGGCUGACGUGGACGUGCUGCUGUCUGUCCCCAUGUUCCUGCGCCUCUACCUGUUGGGCCGCGUCAUGCUGCUGCACAGCAAGAUAUUCACAGAUGCCUCCAGCCGCAGCAUCGGCGCCCUCAACAAGGUCACCUUCAACACACGCUUUGUCAUGAAGACACUCAUGACCAUCUGCCCGGGCACCGUGCUGCUCGUCUUCAGCAUCUCCUCCUGGAUCGUCGCCGCCUGGACGGUGCGGGUCUGUGAGAGGGCAGUGGAGGCAGCAGGAACAGGAUGCCCCCCGCCCCCCAUCUGCCUGUUUCCCCCACAAUUUAACCAGCUCUCCUUCUCCCCUCCGCCCGCCCCACCGGACUGUAGGGAAAACAUGUACCAUGACAAGCAGGAAGUGACCAGCAACUUUUUGGGGGCCAUGUGGCUCAUCUCCAUCACCUUCCUCUCCAUCGGCUAUGGCGACAUGGUGCCCCACACCUACUGCGGGAAGGGCGUGUGCCUGCUCACUGGCAUCAUGGGGGCCGGCUGCACAGCACUUGUGGUGGCCGUGGUGGCCCGGAAACUGGAGCUCACCAAGGCAGAGAAACACGUGCACAACUUCAUGAUGGACACUCAGCUCACCAAGCGGGUAAAAAAUGCCGCUGCUAACGUUCUCAGGGAGACGUGGCUCAUCUACAAACACACUAGGCUGGUGAAGAAGCCAGACCACGCCCGGGUUCGGAAACACCAGCGUAAGUUCCUCCAAGCCAUCCAUCAGCUCCGGAGUGUGAAGAUUGAGCAGGGGAAGCUGAAUGACCAGACCAACACUCUCGCCGACCUGGCCAAGACUCAGAAUGUCAUGUACGACCUCAUGUCCGAGCUGCACGCCCAGCACGAGGAGCUUGAGGCCCGCCUGGCUGCCCUCGAAAGCCGCCUGGAUGCGCUGGGCGCCUCCCUGCAGGCCCUGCCCGGCCUCAUCGCCCAAGCCAUACGCCCGCCACCCCCACCCCUGCCUCCCCGGCCUGGCCCCGGACCCCUGGACCAGGCAGCCCGGAGCCCCCCGUGCCGGUGGCCACCCAUGGCCCCUUCAGACUGCGGGUGACAACCCUGCCCACCACCAGACCCCUCAAUCUUGGCCAUCGUGUGGCCGCCACGUCCACGCCAUCCAGGAAGCCCUGUACAGUGGUGCCUCUUGGAGUUCAAGGAGCCGAAGCUGAGUUGGGCUGAGUGGACCAGGGCCCUCCCCACCCAGACCGUCUGGGCAGAAGGCAGGGCCGGACCGCAGGCGAGGGCAGGGGUGGGCCACCACCCGUUUCCUCCCUGAAUGGAGCCGGGGGGAGCCAGGAGCUUCCUCUGGUCCCCUGGCCCCCUGGCUUUCCCCAGGCCCCCGGUGGGCACGGAGCAACCAGGAGAGGGGUCCUUGCCAGUUCUGAAUAAAGCAGGACCCACCCA